CGCCCGAGCGCGGGGUCAGAAGGCCAGGCGUUCCCUGGGGUAGAAAGCCCUGGGACCCUUGGGGCAGCCGUCCCGGGCCCUGCCCCUCAAGUUCCAAGGGCGGGCCGGUUCUCGGGGCCGUUGGACGGCAGCGGUCAAUGGGGAAGGCCUUUUGGGGAGCCGGUACUUAUCUGGGGAGAGCGGGAGUCGCCGGAAUGGGGGUCACUGUGGAGCGGGCAGGACGAAGGCCUGGGCGCCGAGUGCCACCGGCGCUGCAGGGACCUCCAGCAACGCAGACCUUUCCCGGCCUGUUCUCCUGUUCUCCUUCCCAUGUUUUUCUUCCUUACAAUUUUAAAAUUUUAAACACCUUUCCCGUUUGUUCGGUCUCGCUGCUGAUUGCCUUCAUCUGCGUGAGGAACUCUCUGUGGACCAGCUACAGUGCCUACAGCUACUUUGAAGUGGUCACCAUUUGCAACUUGAUCAUGAUUCUCGCCUUUUACCUGGUCCACCUCUUCCGCCUGUACCGCGUGCUCACCUGUAUCAGCUGGCCCCUGUCGGAACUCCUGCACUAUUUAAUCGGUACCCUGCUUCUCCUAAUCGCGUCCAUCGUGGCAGCUUCCAAGAGUUACAACCAGAGCCGACUGGUGGCUGGAGCGAUCUUUGGCUUCCUGGCCACCUUCCUCUGCCUGGCGAGCGUGUGGCUGUCCUACAAGAUCUCGUGCGUGACCCAGUCAACAGAUGCCGCCGUCUGAUGCCCUAACAGCCCGCCAGCCCUGUAGGAGGCGCUGCAGGACGUGUGACCCACGCUGAUGGAGGGGCUUGAGCCGGCGGCCGCAGGAGAGACCGGGGUCUGGGUCCCCGGGCCGGUGGGUGCGGGACGGGCCCUUCCUGCGGCUCCUGAGCGGGUCCAGCCUCUCUCGCCAGCCUUCUUCACUUCCUCAGAGAAUAUUCCUCCCCGUCCGGGAAAGAAAAGCAGCCUCCAGGGAAAUCUGAUCUCUCCCUCCUGCUUUAGAGCCGCCUCAGGGACUGAUGCCCCUCCCCCCGUUAAGGUGAAGGGGUGGUUUUUGAAUACUUUGCCGAACCCUUCCCCUCUCCCCAGACCUCGAAGGGGCGCUGCCUUAAAUCCUCUUAUGAAAACACAGCCACCUCCUAAUUUAUCUCGCUUGGAAAUCUGGUCUUGAAGGUACCCUCUUUCUUAAAGUGAGGCUUACGGGAACGCCAUGCGGUCAGCCUGUUCCCAAAUAGGAGAUCUUGGCUCCUUUCUUGUUGUUACCAUUGUGUACUUGUUUGUGUGUUUUUAAAUAAAAUGUUGACUUGGCCAAU